AACAUUCAUAGCCGAGACACUUUUCAUUUUGUAGAGAAAUGUUUAAUCUACUUGCGUAUCUAGUUACCAUUUUAGAUUAGUUUGUAGCUUUAUUACCAUAACUUUUUGAAAAAGAGCAAAAAAUGGAGGCCGUUAACUGGACAAGCCGAGUAGAUAAUAUUUGAAUUAUGCCUUAGAUAAAAUAAUUAUUAAACGGUCUUCGAUAAAUUGUCCAUUUUUCUAUUUUAGAAGCAACGCGACAGCGACCGUCAUCGAACGCAAAUGGUAGCAUGAUUACCGGAGUACCCAUGCGAACUAAUUCCAAUAUAAGUCUUCGAAGUGAUGGUUCAUCGUCGGAACUGUUAAAUCGACUGGAAAAUAUGAAGCAACAAUUAAAAGAUAAAGAGGAACGAUUACGAUUACAUGUUCAACAAAAUCAUAAUGAACAAUCGACGACAAAUAAGGGUGGAUUGUCUGACAUUGAUGAGUUCGAUAUAAAAUCCCGUAAAACUUCGUAUACGCCGCCUGAUGCACAAAGAAAGAGUCCAUUUCUUACUGGACCAACUCUUGUUCGACGGGAGUCACCACAACUUGGCGAUAAAUAUUUAGAUGUAUUCCACGAAGACGCUGACUUUAAAACACAAUAUUUUCGAGAUGAUUCUAUUCUAUUACCUAGUAGUGAUUAUAGAACGAAUGAUGAAUUCAUUCCUUCAUCGAAACGUGUCGAUUUUGUUGAUGGAAUAUUUGUUACAAAUUUAGAAGAUGCUGCAGAUAGACGUCAGGUUCGACGACGUCAAGUCGAUCCACCGGGAUUUUAUGAUCGUAACGAUCCAACAAGUAUGGCAAGCUUAGAGCUUAAUCGUAUAGCCGAACAGAAUGAAAAACGUUUGAAGAAACUUCGAGAUCUAGAAAAUGACGAUACGUCAAUACUUGAUUCAAAUGAAGUACUUGAACGUUUUAUUCAAAAACAAAAAGUACAACGAAGACCCAGUGAUAUAACAUUACAAGAUGACGCAUGGCUAAAAUAA